CAUGGCAUUGUUCGAGAGGAGUCAAGGCUUUUGCUCUCUGAGACGUAUUUUGGCGCAGAACGAAAAGUUUCUCGUAUUGUGGCUGUGUGUGGUGCUGUUCCUGCAUGUCUGUCAGCACUCGAUUCACUACGUGUCUCGAUCCCCGGCUGACGACCCACCUCCAGGAGCAACAGAACAGCCGUGUCAGAAAGCUUGCUUCAGACGCCGUAUGGAAUCGCCGUUCGUAUGGAACCAUGUCACCCUGAUCUCCCACGUAAAGGAACUCAUUCACAAGCAAGGAAGUGACCACGCCCAUGCACCCAGUACCGCCCACGUAGCCCACGCCGCGAAGUCCUCAGUCGAAGGCUAUGUAAUUCCUAAAGACGAUGGGUUGGUGUCGCUACAGGAUUUCAUUAACCAGAUGUUCGGACCUAUGGAACAAGGCGUGUACCUGGUGGUGGGCGCCGGCGGGACCCCAGGGACCGUGGUGACUCGGCCGCUCGAAGCCAGGCCAGGGUGGAGAGGCCUUCUGGUCGAGGCGAAUCCGCGCAACUUCGCCAGACUCAAGGACUCGGCUACUAAUGCGAGCCUUUUAAACACCUGCGUCAACCAAUUCUCUUAUCCCAAUGCUAUGUUUUGUGGUGUAGAAAAUAAGGUGAUGGUGAAUAGGACUGGAGUGAAAGGAUAUGCGUGGAUUUGA